GAGAGGAAUGGGAGACCACAGCAUCGUCCUGUUGUGACCCACUGGAUGAGCAUUCCUUAUCACACCCUUGGACUGCCUGGCAGGCCACGGUGCGACUUGGUUCUCUGCCCUGGGUCUACCCUGGGAGGACAUGGUGCUCCCACCAGCUCUCCCUGGCAUGUGCCCAGUGGCGGCGCUUGUCAACGCCUGGCUGUGACUUCCCUCCACCCACCCUUCACUGCUCCCAGCCCUGCUCUCCCUGCCCACAUACUUUAGCUCCUGCUCUGAGCAGGCUUGGGACAACAGCAGAGCUGCCAUGGCAGCCAGAGCUUCCCACUGGCACAGCUCCCUCAGGGCCACCAUGCCCCAUGAGAGGCAGUGGCUGGAACAUUUCCAUCAGGCCGAGGAUGUCCUGCUGACCCUGCUGGAGGAUGCCCAUGCCAGGGAGCCCUGCUUCCUUGUGGACUAUGCCAGGAACUUGGAAGCCUUCGAGUUCUCUCUCUGUGCCUCCAAGGAUGCUGUCACUAUGGAAGUUCCCCUGUGGACUCACAGUGAUGCCCUGCAGGUGCUGGUGUACUGGCCUGGGGACACCCCAGUCAGGCACCAUCUGGGACUCGACACCUGUGGUAUCUGGAAGUGUUCUGGGGAGGACUUGGAGGACUGGACCAGUGCUCUGUGUGUGAUGGAGCAGGAGGGUGGUGCGGGGUGCCUGGUUCCAGUCAAAGUCCUCCAGCACCUGAAAGAGCUCCUUGUUUUGGCCAUCGUGCAUUGCCAAUGCUGCUUCCUGCUUCACCCAGGUCCAAACCUUUCGCAUCUAAGUGAUCUCAGCACUGAAAAUCUGCAGGAAGAUGCCAUGGUGCUCUCCCUGCUGAUCCAUGAUGGCUGGAAGACCAUCCGCUUUGACAUCGUCCCCAUGGUGAAGAGGUGGCAGGAGCUGCUCCAGCUCAUGGGGCAGCAGAGUGACAGAGGCUUCCAUGAAGGCAGCCUCUGGAAGGCCAAGGAAAAGGCCUGCUACAUCCCUGCCUCUCCCCAUUGCCAUCAGUGAGCAGCUCAGCCAUGCACAAAGCAGGGCCAUGUGGGUGACUUGGGGGGGAUCCCCAUGCAUUCAGGUCAUUGCAGGUAUCCUCUCCCCAGCUGUGAGGAUACAGGUCUCCCAGUUUCUCAAGCCAGAUCCUCCACUGCGCACACUGACAGCUGGCAGGCAGACCCCAACCCCCGGGCCCUCCUGCAGCUACCCACUGAGGACAGGUCCUGCUGGGACACAGCCUGCUUUGACAUCCUGCUCAGCCAGGAAAUUCCAGACCCUCAGCUGUUCCAGAUGUACCAGAUCCAGGAUGGUGCACACCACUCAGGAAUGUGCCAGCUCCUCUCCAAGAUCCAGUGAUAAAUCCCUCAGCAGAGCUCAGAGCGAUCAUGCUGCCA